GCGCCCUGCCGCUCCUCCGCUCUCCCCGCGAACGGCGAGUCGUGGCAGCCGGGCGUCGGCACGUAACCCGGCGCUCCGCACUUGACACCGCUGCCGUCAGUGCGCCUCCUCCCCCUUCCUUAGCCCCCCUCCGCCCGCCCGCCCGCCGGCAGGGCCGGGCUGCGAGGCGGCCCGGCUGGGCUGCCCUCCUGCUGCGUGUAAAGAGGGACCAUCUCCUCAGUGGUCAAAAAGGAAAAACCUAUCAGCAGUCUUUCAGAAUACUUAAUCUGCCCUCACAACAGCUAUUUAGUAUUUGUGGAAAUAUCUCAAGCCCUAGGAUCUGCACUGGAAGCUUUGGCAUCACCAUCCAAAAGCCGCGCAAGAUGCUGGGCUGCAUUCUGAUCAGUCUGCAUGUUCACAGCGAGUGAGAUCUUGGAGUGACGUGUGCUCAUCAAGCCUUGCUUCAGUUCCAUGGAACAAGAUUACAACUCAGAAUACAGACCCAAAGAUAUUACUGACCUUAUACACUUCAUCCUCACACACAACAAUUUCACUUUUAAUAAUCAGCACUUCCUCCAGAUGAUGGGAACAGCUAUGGGCACUAAAAUGGCCCCGCAGUAUGCCAACCUUUUUAUGAGCCACCUGGAAGAAGACUUCCUCAAGAACUGCACCAUCAAACCCUUGCUAUACUUAAGAUAUAUCGAUGACAUCUUCAUCAUUUGGACUGAAAACCUACAAUCUCUGAUUGAGUUCCAUCAGAAAUUCAACAACCACCAUCCCUCCAUCCAACUUUCUCUAGAAUACUCCAGCACCAACAUCUCCUUUUUAGACACGAUGAUCAGCAUCCUGAAUGAUAAAAUACAGACCACGUUAUACAAGAAACCCAAAGACAAACAUACAGAUCUGCACAGAAUCAGCAAUCACCCUAAACACACCAAAAAAGUUGUGAUAUACAGCCAAGCACUCAGAUACCACCACAUUUGCACUGAAGAGAACACCCGGGAUUGCUACCUCACCGAUCUUAAAAAGGCUUUCACCCAACAAGGACACUCCUCCAGAGAGAUAGAUAGCAUGUUUGAAAGAGCCACCCGGAUACCACGUGAAGAACUGCUGCAGUACAGAAGAACCCCCCCCCCCCCAAAUUGCACACCGCUGGUUAUGAUGUAUCACCCCUCCCUUGAACUUGUACGAAAAAUCCUCAAACAAUUGCAACCCAUACUAGACAGAGACCUUUUUCUUAAAAAGGUCUUCCCAGAGCCACCCAUCUUAGCCUUCAAACAAGCACCGAACCUCGCUAACCUCAUCACCAGAAGCAAACUUCCUCAAGCCCAGAACACACCAAAAGGAUCCAGACCAUGUCACGACAAGAAAUGCAAAACCUGCCAACACAUCUCCGCCACCCCCAUUAUUACUACACCCCACAACAGAGCCAUCAGCAUUCCUGGAUCUUGCAGCUACACCUCCAGAAAUGUAAUAUAUCUCAUCCAAUGCACCAAAUGCCCUGAUGGAAAAUACGUAGGAGAGAGCAAAGAACAACUGCGCACCAGAAUGAACGCACGCCGGAAAUCUAUCAAAGACAGAAAUACCCAAUUACUGGUGGGGGCACAUUUCUCACAGGAGGGCCACUCUCUCUCCAAUCUCUCAGUCUUGAUCCUCAAAGGAAACCUACAAAACACUUCCCAGAGACGAGCCUACGAACUCCACUUCAUCAACCUCCUGGAUACUAAAAAUCAUGGACUAAAUAUAGACAUUGGAUUUAUGACACAUUAUAACCUGCCUGACAUCUGACUCCCCAGGUACUUCUCCACUAUUCAUCCCCCUUCUCUCCCUCCCACCCAGCCUGUCUCUCACCUAUUGACUCCUCAAUCUACAUCUUCACUGACUUCCUGUCUUGUAUGCAUACCAGCCCAGCCGCUGGCUUCUUUACUUUUCAUUCCAUCCAGGAAGAGCACACACCAACUGCUGAAACUUCCUUAGCCUGAUGAAGGGUUUUUGAACCCGAAAGCUUGCUUAAUAAUUAUCUUCCAACUAUUUGGGUUGGUCUAAUAAAAGAUAUCAGAUUCACCCAAGGAACCUUGUCUGCCUAUGUCCUUAGACCAACACGGCUACAACCUACACCCCUGUGGCUAAUACAUAUAGAACUCCUGUCUUAAGACAUUUUAAUUUGAAUUGUAGGUUUUCACUGACCCAUCUUCAAAAGACCCCCCCCAAUAUGUAAAUAGUGAUGUUAGCAAAUUAGUGUAGAUACAGUUCAAGCAGGGCAUGGACUAGAUGACCUCUUGAGAUGUCCUCUUCCAGCCAUAUCUUCUAUGAUUCUGUUUUCACACAGAUCAACAUGUAUGAAAAAGAAAAAUGGGUCUAUACCAAGCCAUUAUUUAAUUUUGACUAAUAAAGGUUAUUGAAUUUAAA